AUGUUUAACUUUCUCCGAAGAAGAUGCAAAAAUUUGCUUCUUGAGUCUACAGAAGAGGAUGAGGUGCAUGUUGAAGCUGAAAGUUCAAGCUGCAAGUUGAAGAAAAGAGGAGGUUCUACUCCUGGCCGUGUCUUUAUCGAUCGUAACAGGAAAGAAGGCCACGAGAAGUUAGUGCGUGACUACUUCUCUGCCAACCCGACAUACAAUGAAAAAAUUUUCCGAAGGCGAUAUCGUAUGAGCCGUGAUUUGUUCAAUCGUAUUCAUGAAGGUAUUGUUUCUUAUGACAACUAUUUCGUUCAAUCUCGAGAUGCUGCGAAUAAGGUUGGGUUAUCUUCAUUGCAGAAAGUUACUGCAGCUCUCAGAAUGAUGGCCUAUGGAGUAUCCGCUGAUAUGAUUGAUGAAAAUCUACGGAUAGAUGAAAGUACCGCAAAUGAGGCGAUGAAAAAGUUUGUUGAAGCAGUGAUUGUUGUUUUCGGCGAACGAUACCUGAGGCAACCUAAUUCUACUGAUAUUGCCAAGUUGCUUCAGCUACAUGAGGAUCGUCGAUUCCCUGGAAUGCUUGGUAGCUUAGAUUGUAUGCACUGGACAUGGAAGAAUUGUCCAAGUGCAUGGAAAUGUCAUUACUCUGGCCAUCAUAAAGAAGCAACUUUAAUCUUGGAGGCUGUAGCAUCUCACAUCAUCAAUGGUCGUGCUCCACCAGUGAACUUUGUCAUAAACAAUCAUCAUUAUGAUAUGGGUUAUUAUCUUGGAGAUGGUAUCUAUCCACAGUGGUCAACAAUUGUGAAAACAAUUCUGAUGCCUCAAUCCAUGAAAGCUAAAAAUUUUGCGAAAGCUCAAGAGGGUGCCAGGAAAGAUGUUGAACGUGCAUUUGGUGUUCUCCAAGCACGUUUCCAUAUCAUUCGUCAAGGGUGUCGGUAUUUCAAAAUUGCAACAUUGAAGAAUAUCAUGAAAGCAUGUGUGAUAUUACAUAACAUGAUCGUGGAAGAUGAGCGUGACAUGUUCAAGUCAAUUGAGAAUGGUAAGUAUUACCUGUUUGAAGAAGUAGAUAUCAGCGAGCUUGAUCGCAACGAUGCUGCAUAUCAUUAUGAUUUUGAUCAAUUCAUCAAAGGGCGUCAGAAGCUAAAAAAUAAGAGCAUUCAUCAUCGUCUUCAAGAGGAUCUAGUGGAACACUUGUGGGAAGUGCGUGGAAAUGUCGAGUAA